UGGUGCAGCUAUAGGCAUAGAUUUGGAUGUGUGAAUUUAUAUUAUAACAUACGAAAUAACGGACGGUGGUUUAUGACAAAAAUGCACUAGGCUACAAUUAUUUUCAGAUUUCAGCUAAUUCGACUAUUGUACCAGCAAUAAAUACGGCGGUAUUCUACAAUGUGCAGCAGCCAGUGCAUUAAACGCAGGUUGCGUCCGGUAAAUCAGAUUAUUGGACGGUAAAAGGCUGGCUAUGGUAAAAUGGAUUGUGACGUGAUGGUUUAAAAUCCCGGGGGAGGGAGAGCAUCGCAUGUCCUCGCCCACGGUAAAGCAUGGCUCAAAUAUCACCCUAGUGAGACUUGAACCAGCACGAGCGGUAACAUGGCCACCUAUCACCAGAUACCAGAUGAUGAGAAGGGGUAUGAGUUGGACCUCUUCUGUGUCCCCAAACACUAUGAGGAGGAUUUAGACCGGGUCAUCAUCCCUCAUGGACUGAUCAUGGACAGGACUGAGCGCCUGGCUCGUGAUAUAGUCCGGGACAUGGGGGGACACCAUAUAGUAGCACUUUGUGUUCUCAAAGGAGGUUAUAAAUUCUUUGCCGACCUGCUGGACUACAUCAAGGCCCUAAAUCAGAACUGCGAUAAGUCUGUCCCGUUGACUGUGGAUUUCAUUAGACUAAAGAGCUAUUGUAAUGACCAGUCUACAAACAGUGUCAAAGUUAUUGGAGGGGAUGAGCUCUCUACUCUAACGGGGAAGAAUGUUUUGAUAGUUGAGGACAUUGUGGAGACUGGGAGGACUAUGGAGACACUGCUAUCACUGCUGAGUGAAUGCAAUCCAAAGAUGGUCAAAGUGGUCAGCCUUCUAGUUAAGAGAACACCAAGGAGCUCAGGAUAUAGACCGGACUACAUGGGGUUUGAGGUGCCUGAUUGGUUCCUGGUGGGAUAUGCCCUGGACUACAACGAGUACUUCAGAGAUCUCAGUCACAUCUGUAUACUGAACGAGAAAGCAAAGGUGAAGUACAAAGUGUGAGCUGAAGAGGAGGCAAUGGACAGAUGGAUGAACCACUUUGGAUGAACCACUAGGAAAAGUUUGAUUUUUGGGGUUCUGAACCAAAUGUUGUUGUUUUUUUACUCAUGGAGCCUACUUACAUAUUUAAUAGAGCUCGACAGUGGUGGUGUCAUAAUACCUAUAUAACCUAGAGGUCAAUCAGAGAAAUGGUUCCAAUUGUUUUUCCACCAUUCAUUUUCCCCAUAGGGAAUUUUAGAAACAAUUAAAAUAAGGGUUGUGUAGGCUUACCCUGGCGUGAUGUUUUGAUAACCAUGUAACUCCCUCUCAGACAAGGUGACUUUUAUCAAUAUAUUUGUCUCUAUUUACUCUCAGAUUUGAAAAAUGCUAAUUAGCAUCAAAGUAGACAUCAUGCAAGAUUACAGAUCCCUGCAAGCUCCUGCAAGUCAUCUCUAGCUGACACCUUUGCUAACAGCUAUUGUGUCAAUUUAGAACUUGCACAUGACAGUUCACAGAAUUGUCCAUUUAAAGAAAAGUAGUCAAUUUAUUAAUUACUAAAUUUACCUGACAUUAGAUAAAUUAAUCCAGAGAUUGUUACCUUUGGGGGGGGGGGGGGAAAUACUGCAAAUAUUUUGUCACUUUGUACUAGCGAGAUUUACAUGGUUAUCAAAAAGUCACGACAGGGUAAGCCUACAAGAAACACAGCCCUUAUUUUAAUUGUGUCUAAAAUCCCAUAUGGGAAAAAUGAAUGUUGGAAAAACGAUUGGAACCAUUUUUUUUAUUUGACCGCUAGAUUUUAUGGGUAUUAUGACUCAUACAUUGGUACUCUAUGUGAACACAUGGAUUGUGAAUUCACUUUGCAAGAUGCUCUUUGAGAAAACAUGUUUAUUUCUUAUUUUUAAAAUGAUUGUUGUCCUGGAAGGAGUAGGAUGAGUAAUGUGUUUUAAGUAGAGGAGGACUUGUGUAAAUAUGGUUAUGGGAGAUAUUACACUAUUAUAAUUUCAAUGUAUUUGAUAUAUUAUCUUGGGGCCUUGAAUGCCUCUUAGUCUGAUUUACGUUAGUAAUAGUGAACAGGGUCAUUCAGGGCAGGUGUGGCAGAGCCCCACCUGUUUUGAGCCCCACAUUUUUGGGGGGGGGGGAUUGCCUGUUUUGCAUGUUAUUUUGUCAUUGAUACGUGUCACAUCAGUUUGCAAACAAUGUAAAAAAUAAAUAAAUAGUGUAUCUAAUCAUUGAGUUAAUAAAACCACAUACAAA